AUGAUGAUGUUGUUUUUCAUAAAAAUCAGAGUUCUAAGCUCGCUGAAUAUUUGGUAUGUUCUUGAACCAGUUCUUAGAUCACCUUUUUACGAAAAUAAUGUAAACACCAAGGAUAAGCGCGUCCUGGUCAUCACACAGGAUGGAAGGACCAUCACAGGAGAUUUGAAAGGAUUCGAUCAAACUACCAAUAUCAUCUUAUCUGAAUCUAUAGAAAGAGUCUAUUCUGCUGAUGAACCUAUGGAAGAAGUUCCCUUAGGACUUUACGUAGUGAGAGGUGAUCAUAUUUCAGUGAUCGGAGAACUUGAUGUUGAUUUAGAUCGAAAGAUUGAUUGGUCUCUUGUUCGAGCUGAACCUCUUGAAGAAAUUAAAUAUUAA